AGCCUAAUCUCACCGCGGUGGCGUCACCGCCUGCAGUUUGAAGCAUCCCCACCGCUGUGGAUCGUGUCUGCGACUGCUGCGGCUAUAAACUGAACACGGACACAGAUCAAGGCGAAGGCGAAGGCGAAGGCGAGUGGAAAGAGAGGAGAGGAGUUGCUGCGACUGUGUCUGCGCUGGGACCUCAAAUUCGCCAUCAAAUUGAGUUCGUAGAUUCCGGGUGAGUUCGGUGGAGUUCGGCAUUCGUGCUCAGUCACCUGGGCGGAAGAACUGCAGCCUACUUUGCGGGUAUCGAGUAGCGGAGGCGCCAAGAGCGGAAGGAGGAGUGAAAUUUUUCCGGGGAGAAGGUACAUGAGGUACAACUUAAGAGAAUUUCAAGGACCCUAGAGAGCUGAAGACUUGCUAUUGAUUUAAGUUUACAAAUGGGUGCUAAAGAGUAUGGUGAAGAAAGAGAUGAUUGUUCAAGUGAUUUGGAGAAGGAUUUUAAGCAUAGUAAUGAUGGUGAAUCAGAUUAUGAACCAGCAAGGGAUUCACUUUCAUCUCAAGGGGAAACUGCAACAAAUACUGACAAGGUAAAAAGAGCAUCAAGGGUUCCAAAGAAGGUUUCAAAAAGAGAAACAACUGAGAAUGGUACUCGCACCUCAAGAGGAAGUGCUAAUCAUCAACAACAUGGUCUGUUCAAAGCAUCAAGUACGAGCCAAAAAAAGUGUCAAAAGCCUGUCAGAGCAUCAGAUUCAACUAAAACUCCUACCAAUAAAAGGAAGGAAAGUGCAAGUGUUCCUUCAAUAGCUUCAUCUGAAGAAACUGAGGACAAAACAAUUGAAGAUGUUAAGGAAAUAGAUGUGAUGGAUGAGGCUCCUGUGUGUGAUCAGAGUAAUGGUACAGACAAUGAAACAGUUGAGACAGAAGAGAAUGCCAUUAAUGAUGACAAGGCAUGUGCAUCUCAGAAGAUUGAAGAGUUGGAGUCCAGAAUUGAAAAACUUGAGGAAGAACUUAGAGAAGUUGCUGCUCUUGAGAUUUCUCUCUAUUCUGUUGUACCAGAGCAUGGCAGUUCAGCACAUAAGGUUCACACACCAGCUCGGCGUCUUUCAAGGCUAUAUAUUCAUGCUUGCAAAUAUUGGACUCAGGACAAGAAGGCUACAAUUGCUAAAAAUACUGUGUCGGGACUCAUACUUAUUGCAAAAUCCUGUGGCAGUGAUGUUUCAAGGUUGACAUUCUGGUUGUCAAACACAGUUGUCCUUAGAGAGAUUAUCUCUCAAACUUUUGGCAACUUGUCCAAUUUCAAUGCAACUAUGAAGAUGGUUGCAUCAAAUGGUGGUGCAAGGAAAACUGAUGAACAACAUACAUCACUUAAAUGGAAAAACAAUUCUGGCAACAAAAAAGGAAAAAACCUUGGCCUUUUGUCAGUGAUAUAUGAUUGGCAAGAUACAAACACAUUUACACAAGCUCUGGAAAAGAUUGAAUCUUGGAUAUUCUCCCGAAUUGUUGAAUCAGUGUGGUGGCAAACAUUGGCACCCCACAUGCAAACACCAAUGGAGGACUUGUACACUCCAAGAAUCUCAGGAAAAUUGCUAGAACCAUCACUUGGUGAUCAGCCGCAAGGAAGCUUUUCUAUCAAUUUAUGGAAAAGUGCAUUUCAUAAUGCUUUCAGUAGAAUAUGCCCAGUCCGUGCCGGAGGCCAUGAGUGUGGCUGCUUACCUGUAUUGGCGAGAAAGGUGAUGGAGCAAUGUGUAUCUAGAUUAGAUGUUGCCAUGUUCAAUGCAAUUUUGCGCGAGUCAGCUUAUGAGAUUCCUACCAAUCCUAUUUCCGAUCCAAUUAUCGACUCCAAUGUGUUGCCAAUUCCUGCUGGCAAUUUAAGCUUUGGAUCUGGUGCACAACUCAAAAACUCUAUAGGAAAUUGGUCUAGAUGGCUUACAGAUGUAGUUGGCAUGGAUGAUGACGAUUCAUGGAAAGAGGAUGGAGACACUGAUGAGAAUGAUAAUGGAAAGGAAGUAACCAAAUCAAAAUCUUUUCGCCUUCUUAAUGAAUUAAGUGACCUUUUGAUGCUCCCCAAGGACAUGCUACUUGAAAAGGCAGUCAGGAAAGAGGUCUGCCCUUCAAUCGGGCUGCCCUUGAUAACACGGGUACUCUGCAACUUCACCCCCGAUGAGUUCUGUCCUGAUCCUGUUCCUGGAGUUGUGCUCGAGGAAUUGAACACCGAGAGCAUUCUUGAACGCAGAUUGUCUGAAAAGGAGCUAAUCGGGGGCUUCCCCUGCGCAGCUGCUCCGGUAGUGUACUCGCCUCCUUCAGCGGAUGAUGUGGCUGAGAAGGUGGCUGAUGUCAGUGGUAGAGCCGAGCUAGAUCGGAGAGCAUCCAUGGUGCAGAGGAAGGGGUAUACUAGUGAUGACGACUUGGAUGAAUUAGACAACCCUCUUGCCGGAAUCACAGACAAAACCACCCCUAGUAGUGGUGACAAAAAAGAAAACUCACAAGCUAAUUCAGUUAGACACAAACUCCUCCGAGAAGUAUGGUGCGUGUAAAUACUAAACCUUCAUCGAGUGCCAACCAAAUCAAAAGCUCACAAACCUCCUAUCUGAAAAUACCAUGGUACUGAAAUUCUCAUCUUCUGCUCAUCCUAUUCAGGUUAUGACCGGAGGUAUGAAAACUACAUUCGGUAAUAACACAUUAGUUCGGUUCUUUGUACGAAUUAGACGGUCUACAUAUCGUAUUUAUUCUCUCUGAAGGAAUAUAUAUGAAAUCUUCCUUCAAAUGAAUUACCUGAAUCUGCUGCAUGGUCAGUUUGGUAGAAGUUGAAGCUCAUGAGAGAUAUUUCCAUAACUGCUUAUGUAUAUGUUUGGUUUAUGGAAGAGUUCAUGCUUUCUUAAGAAAUAGAAUAAAAUGGAAAUCUCUUUGUUUGGUUUGAGAUACAGAACUGUUUAAUCUUGUUUCUUCAAUGAAAUUUAUUUUGUACAUUUUUUUUAA